AGAGACAGAAGAGGAAAAUGUAGAGAGGAGGGAGUGAAAGGAUGCCAGGUCCGCAGGGAGGCGAGUUUUCCUCCAUUUCCGCUCGGCUGCCCGGAGCCCUGUUCUGUGAGCUCGCAAUGAGUCGUCGAGCCACGGAGCAGGAGGGGAGGACCGAGCCGGCCUGGAGGAUAGGGGACAUAGAGAAUCAAGGGAUGCAGAAAGGGAGGAGAGGAGGGUUGAGGAGGCAGAAUCAGGAGAUAGGUUGGAGAAGGUUUGAGCAGAGGGAAGAGAUGAUAGGAUGGAAGAGGAGAGAGUAGCGGGGGAGAGAGAGCGAAGAUUGGGACGGCGCGAUACCAUCCGAGUAGGGGCAGUGUUGGAUGAGAGCAAGAGGGAAAAGGAUACAAGGUAGUGGUCGGAGACUUGGAGGGGAGUUGCAGUGAGGUUAGUGGAAGAACAGCAUCUAGUAAAGAUGAGGUCGAGCGUAUUGCCUGCCUUGUGAGUAGAGGGGGAAGGUGAGAGGGUGAGGUCAAAAGAGGAGAGGAGUGGAAAGAAGGAGGCAGAGAGGAAUGAGUCAAAGGUAGACGUGGGGAGGUUAAAGUCGCCCAGAACUGUGAGAGGUGAGCCGUCCUCAGGAAAGGAGCUUAUCAAGGCAUCAAGCUCAUUGAUGAACUCUCCGAGGGAACCUGGAGGGCGAUAAAUGAUAAGGAUGUUAAGCUUGAAAGGGCUGGUAACUGUGACAGCAUGGAAUUCAAAGGAGGCGAUAGACAGAUGGGUAAGGGGAGAAAGAGAGAAUGACCACUUGGGAGAGAUGAGGAUCCCGGUGCCACCACCCCGCUGACCAGAAGCUCUCGGGGUGUGCGAGAACACGUGGGCGGACGAAGAGAGAGCAGUAGGAGUAGCAGUGUUAUCUGUGGUGAUCCAUGUUUCCGUCAGUGCCAAGAAGUCGAGGGACUGGAGGGAGGCAUAGGCUGAGAUGAACUCUGCCUUGUUGGCCGCAGAUCGGCAGUUCCAGAGGCUACCGGAGACCUGGAACUCCACGUGGGUCGUGUGCGCUGGGACCACCAGAUUAGAGUGGCCGCGGCCACGCGGUGUGGAGCGUUUGUAUGGUCUGUGCAGAGAGGAGAGAACAGGGAUAGACAGACACAUAGUUGACAGGCUACAGAAGAGGCUACGCUAAUGCAAAGGAGAUUGGAAUGACAAAUGGACUACACGUCUCGAAUGUUCAGAAAGUUAAGCUUACGUAGCAGGAAUCUUAUUGACUAAAAUAAUUCAAAUGAUACAGUACUGCUGAAGUAGGCUAGCUGGCAGUGGCUGCGUUGUUGUUGUUCUAUCUCUCUAUAGUGCUGUUUCUUGUAUUAUGGUCUCUUGUUUCUUUAGAGGUUUCACUUUGUUGUCCUUUUUCUUUUCCUUUUUCUUCUGUCCUUAUUUUGUCUUCCUUUCUUCUGUUAACUAGAUAUUUUUUGUUGUUAUUCUUUGUAAGCUAGCUAGCUUCUUCCAGGAGAGUCCCUAGCAACUGCCAUCUUUACAUGGGAAACAGUCCAAUCACAGUCUAACCCUUGCUGAACCCCGAGUCUCUAAUUGUCAGUGACUGGGGAAAGUCAUUCAUUUUCAUUAUUAAAGGGGAAAUAUUAAAAUAACCAACUCAUCUGUUAAUGCCAUUGUCUGCCCACAGUCUUCCUCACUGUUUUUUCUCUCUCCUUUCGCUAUAGGCAUGGCAAACUAUUUACAUGACUCCUGAGUGAUAACUAUACUGGACAAAAUAUAAUUGCAACAUGCUACAUUUUCAAAGAUUUUACUGAGUUACAGUUCAAAUAACGAAAUCAGUCAAUUGAAAUAAAUUCAUUAGGCCCUAAUCUAUAGAUUUCACAUGACUGGGCAGGGGUGCGGGCCUGGGAGGGCAUAGGCCCACCCACCUGUGAGCCAGCCCACCCACUGGGGAGCCAGGCCCAGCCAAUCAGAAUGCAUUUUUCACCACGAAACGUCUUUAUUACAGCCAGAAAUAUUCCUCAGUUUCUUCAGCUGUCUGAGUGGCUGGUCUCAGACAAUCGCACAGGUGAAGAAGCCAGAUGUGGAGGUCCUGGGCUAGCGUGGUUACACGUGGUCUGCGGUUGUGAGGCCGGGUUGGAUGCACUGCCAAAUUCUCUAAAGCGAUGUUGGAGCCGGCUUAUGGUAGAGAAAUUAAGAUUUAAUUAUCUGCCGACAGCUCUGGUGGACAUUCCUACAGUUAGCAUGCCAGUUGCACUCUCCCUCAAAAUUGAAGUUAUCUGUGGCAUUGUGUUGUGUUUCAAAACUGCACAUUUUAGAGUGGCCUUUUAUUGUACCCAGCACAAGCUGCACCAGUGUAAUGAUCAUGCUGUUUAAUCAGCUUCUUGAAAUGCCAGACCUGUCAGGUGGAUGGAUUAUCUUGGCAAAGGAGAAAUGCUCACUAACAGGGAUGUAAACAAAUUUGUGAGAAAUAAGCUUUUUGUGGGUAUGGAACAUUUCUGGAAUGUUUUAUUUCAGCUCAUGAAACAUGGGACCAACACUUUACGUGCUGCGUUUAUAUUGUUGUUCAGUAUAAUUCCUUCCACAUAACAUAAAAGUCAAUUAAAACUCAAAAGAGCAUGACAAGUGCCCUUGAAUUGCCUUUCCUUCAGCAGAUCAAUGGAUGUGAACAGCCAAAUCACAAGAUUCUGUUGCGCCUUGGCUUUUCCGCUGGCGCUAAGUGGUUCUAUUUGGGAAGUGUCCUUCCCUGUGCCAUGAAAUGGUGCCUGGAGCUUUUUCUUCACUGUGUGUGGAAUAAUUGCUGCACGUGGAGAGGCAACUCACCCCAGCAGCCGCGUAAUUAAUAUGUGUGUGCAAAAGAGAACGAGAGAGGAAGAGAGCGAUGUGUAGUAUCUGACAGGGAAGCUAAGGGUUGUUGGUGAUGGUGCCUUUCACUUGCUCCAUGCUGGUUCAUGGAAACUAGGAAGGAGAUCCUCUGAAGUUGCCAUCGUGUUGUUGUGUGUGAAAGAAAAACACAUUUUCCUUGCUGACAAUAUUCUCAUGUAGUUUAUCACUUCUCUAAAAUACUAAUUAUUGGCCUAUUGCAAAAAGUCUGAUUACAAUAUGAAAUCUUGGUUUCCUGGCUGAGGGGAAUAACAUGUAAUACAUUUAACUCAGGCUGAAGAUGAUCUACAAUCGCACUGAAUAAUGUGGCAUACUCACUCUCAAGGCACAGGAGAGACCUUACAGAGGCUUGGGGCCCCGUACGUACACUAGUUAAAAGUCUGUAAUAAUCCAAUUACAAAACCCCACAAUGUGUGCAUGGAUGCCCAGACGGUUGCAGCACAGAUGUCCUCAACAGAUCACCUCUGAGCAGUGCCCCGGAGGUGGUAACACCCAUGCUGUGACUCAGAACCCCUAAGGAGACUCUUGGACAGCAUUUGAAUAAGCAGGCAAAAUAGCCUCCACAAUCCAGAGGGAAAAAGCUUCUGAUCUGAAAACCUGUCAAAAGCUAGGAAAGAGAGAGCCUGUUCUUAGAUGGGUAUAGCAUGUAUCAACCUGUUAUGGGAUUUGAUAUCCUGCAGCCUAUUCACAACAGUACACCAUACGGCCCACCAUCAAAUAACAUGGAACCCUAAAAGUCAUGCUGGCAGUAUUGGUGGCCAUCCUUCAAGUGCAUAAUAGGUUCACAAGGAGGAAGCCAGCUAUGGUCUUUUCUGAGCCAAUAUCUGGUUUAGUAGCAGCCCUUCCCAUAUUAGACUAGAGCCAAAAUACCACUCAAAAACUAUCUUUUGGUAUUUGUUUCAUUUAUUGUAAGUUUUCUUCCAUAUUAAGAGAUAAAAAUAGAAAUAUAAAAUAAGAAUAAAAAAACUAACAAACAGAUGGAAAUUGAACACAGUAUAGUCAAGAGACAAGUAAACAACCAUUCUAAGAGAAUCCUUGCAGCAAUGAUAGCUGACGAAUCAGGUUAUUGGUAAUUCAGGUAAGGUUCCCACACUUUGUACAACUGAUCUGUUUUAGAAUGUGAUGUACAUGUCAAAUAUUCCAACGGAACCCUUUGAAAAAGUAUCUUAUGCCAACCUUUAAAAGAUGGGACCUUGUCAGUAAUCCACUGUAAGAGGAUGUUUUUCCUCUCUGCGAAGUUAAGGAUGUUUUACAACCUCCUCUUACCCACAGAGGUAACAUGCCUACUAGGGAGACCUAACAGCAAAGAAACCAAGUCCAAUUCUAGGUCAAGCCCUAGAAUUUGUUCAAUUUCUUGAAGGACAUUAGAACAGUACCUUUGUAAUUUGGAAAAGGACCGUGCAUAUCUCCAAAUGUCCUCCCACAUCUUCUCGUCGAAUAGUAACAGAAAGUUCAUUCUCCCACACUGGCUUGACCCCUUGUGUGUCUACAGUAGAAAAGGGCCUUAAAGCAUCAUAAAAUUAACUUACAGACAUUUCCUUUGUGAGGAAAAAAUGCAUUCUUUCAAAGACAGACAUAUCAGGGUUGCCAACUAAGAUGGUGCUCUUCAAAAUAUGUCUGAUUUGUAGAAAGCGGAAAUAGUCCUGCUUUGGGAGCUGAUAUUUCUCAACCAUCUGCUCCAAUGACAUUAGAAUCCUGUCAGCUAAUAAAUCAUUUAGUCUGCCUAUGCCCUUAUUAAGCCAAAGGUUAAAACCAACAUCCAGCAAUCCUGUUACAAAAUCGGGGUUGUUAAGAAUCGGGGUAAGAGCAGAGGUUAGUUUGGACCUUCCCUCAAAACUUUGAACUGAUCUCCAUGCUUUGAGUGUAUUAAGUGUAAUGGGAUUGUUGCAGCUAUAGAUUUGAAGCUUCUGAAAAAUAAAAGAUCCUGCAAGGGGUAUUUUGAAAAAGAAGUCACAAUAUCUAACCAAAUAGAGGAGUCAUCAUUUGUUAUCCAAUCAGUAAUAUGCCUUAAGUGGGCACACCACUUAUAAAACCUCAUAUUGGGCAGAUCUAAGACCCCUAUAGAACCUGGCAGCUGUCUAGGCUUGCGUUUAUUCCAUUUAAAGGAAUUUAACCAGCCAUUUUAACAUUGUAUUACUUUAUUGGAAAAUAAGACAGGGAUCAUUUGGAUUGGGUUAAGUAGUCUAGGUAAAACAUUCAUUUUCAGAAGGGAUAUUCUACCUAACCAAGAAAUUGGAAGAUAAUUCCAGUGCUCCAGGUUAGUCCAUUGUUGAUACAGUCCCAAAAUGUUUUGCUUUACAGCAAUUGAGCUUUUAAGAUAUAGAACUUUCAUCAGUGGUGUAAAGUACUUAAGUAAAAAUACUUGAAUGUACUACUUAAGUAUUUUUUGGGGGGUAUCUGUACUUUACUAUUUAUAUUUUUGACAACAUUCCUAAAUAAAAUAUGUACUUAUUCCCAUACAUUGUCCCUGACACCCAGAAGUUACCUUUCAAAUGCUCAGGCAGGACAGCAUUAUGGUCCAAUUCAUGCACCUAUCAAUAUAAUGCGUUGUCAUCCGUACUGCCUCCUAUCUGGCAGACUCACUAAACACAAAUACUGUGUUUGUAAAUUAUGUAUGAGUGUUGGAGUGUGCCCAUGUCUGUCUGUAAACAAAAAUAAAAAUGUGUGCGGUCUGGUUUGCUUAAUAUAAGGAAUUUGAUGUAUAGCAUUUACUUUUACUCAAGUAUGACAAUUGUGUACUUUGUCCACCACUGUACUUAAGUACAUUUAAAACCAGAUACUUAUACACUUUUAUUCAAGUACUAUUUUACUGGGUGACUUUCACUUUUAAGUGAGUCACUUUUUAUUAAGGUAUCUUUACUUUUACUCAGGUAUGACAAUUGAGUACUUCUUUCACCACUGACUUUCAAAAUACAGAAAGUGUCACAGUAUGAUGCGUUUACAUGGUAUUUUCCUUUUUUUAAUUAGCCAAGUAGCUAACAGCUUGUGGCUAUUGUCUAUGCUAAACUGAGUUGGGAUGGAAAAACAUCCCCCAAGCAGGAAGCCUUUUCUGCUGUGCAGGCCAAUUAAGCAUUGUGUAUAGGAGAUUCAGAGUUCACACAAAUUCAAAGUUCACACACAUUCUGAUUUAACAGCUCAUACAGAUCAAUGCCUGGCAUUGGGUCCCGUGUGGCUCAGUUGUCUUCCUGCAGCGAUGGUUGUGGGUUUGAUUCCCACGGGGACCAGUAUGGAAAAAAGAUGAAAAUGUAUGCUCUGGAUAAAUGUAAAAUGUAAUGGAGUGAGGAAAGAUUGAAUUGAGUACAUUUCCGUGUCACUCAAUAUUACAUCCCAUUGGGUGGUGGAACCUCUGAUCCCCUGAGUGACAGCCAUUCAAAGUUAUUCUAGAUUGUCUUCAGCUUGACCCUCAUGACCGGGUUCAUUCCCAAGGGUGUAUGCUAGGAUGUGUAAAUUGAACUAUUGUACCAAUCGAUAGACAGUUUGAAACAUGUUUUUGAGAGACCUAUGAGUUGUUUCAAACCUGCGUCUGAUUCUUGGCUCUCCUUUCACACCACACAAUUGUUGUCAAUCAAUCAAUCACAUUUAUUUACAAAGCCCUUUUUACAUCAGCAGAUGUCACAAAGUGCUUAUACAGAAACCCAGCCUAAAACCCCAAACAGCAAGCAAUGCAGAUGUAGAAGCACGGUGGCUAGGAAAAACUCCCUAGAAAGGCAGGAUCUAAGAAGGAAACCUAGAGAGGAACCAGGCUCUGAGGGGUGGCCAGUCCUCUUUUGGCUGUGCCGGGUGGAGAUUAUUGCCAUUAAGGUCAGAUUGUCUGGUCUACCUGAAAGAUAUAUUUUUAUUCCAUAGAUAGUGUGCACAUCGCUGAGCCUACCUUGUGUCAUGCUAUUUGUGUGAUACAUUUCGCAACACUUUUUCUCCCAGUUUUUUUCUGUUCGGUUAUGAGGGAACAAACUCACAGUCAAUUUUAUAUCUCCCAAUGUUUUUAAUGAAUGUCUUCAGUAUAACUCUGUAGGAUCUCACCUCUUCUCAGUAGCCUCAGUACAAGGAGUGACCUUGAGAAAUGUCAAGCCUGUAAGUUAAUCACCAUGUUGGACCUUAAUACAAAUACCAUAAAUGUCUAUUUGGCAUCUUCACUCAGUUGAGGGACACAUUUAUUUCAAUAUCAUGAGUUUUGUAAGCUUUUACCAGAAUUUGUAUAUUUUGGAUCUGAUUGGGAGGCAGACAGUUCCACCUCAUUACCUGUUAUCAUGUUAUAGCCUAUCAUUUAGAAUUCCCAUCAUUCACAGAAGGGAUCAUCAACUAUAUUCAGUUGGGGGUCAGUUUUUUUUCUUGAGCUGAUGGUCGGGGGGAAGGAACAUAAUUAUAAAUAAUUUGUAGACUUCAAUUUGACCCCAAGUAGCCCAAACAAAUACAAUAUUUGACUAAAACAAUCAUUUCAAACCGUGCUUACAUUUGUGGGCAGUUACAUGUGUCUCUCUAUUAUGCUUGGGAAUACUUGGGAACAGAUUUCCAAAAUGUAAAUCACUUGGAGUUAAUUUCAUGAUGUUUUACAGUCUUUUAUGUCUAAUAAAUAAAACCACUUGCAGGCCAAAUUUGGCCCGUUUACAGUUUGACUUGAUAAUAUUUGACUUCAGGUACAUAUUCCAUCGACUGUUCCCUGUACCAAAUAAACAAUAACCUGUUAUGUUAAUGUUGGUGUAGUUGGCUGAACACAAAUAUCCUUUAUUAUUGUAUAAUUUUGAAGCUAUAGCAAAUGAUUAUGACAGAAGACACAGGUAGAGCUAGCUAAAUGUGACAGGUGGAUCUACCCUCUUCUUCACAGAGCGUAUUUCUUACAUCCCUCCGCAACAGCCCGAGGCGGGGAAAGUGUGCCUUGACUUCCUGUGACUAUAUAUGGAGACCACCGGUAUAGCAUGAGUGAAGAAGAAAACAUCUCCGGGAAAAAUGAGAGCGUUUGUCUGUGAACAAAUAAAAUUAAUUAACGUUUAUUGCGGCCGAUGACUAUCUCCUAUCUUAAAGAGACAAACACGUAUUUUCCGUCGAUUUUGUUGUGCUAAAACAGGAACUCAGAGACGCAAGCAAAAACAUACGCACAUCGCAACUGUGAAUGAGAAAGCUACAGGUAGUGAAUGAGCAUGACGACGUUGCUGGACCUGAAGAGCAGUGUUCUGAGGCAGGUUCAGAGGAGCCAGUCUCUGAGGGGGAGGAGGGAGCCAUCAGCCUCAGCAGCCAGCAGCAUCCCCGUCACACACUGCCCUGACCAACUACCUCACGGGCUGUCUGAGGGGAAUGGAGAGUUCUUUGUGCGUAUGAAUGGCAUCCUUCAGAAACAAGAGAAUCUGCUGCGUGCUGCCCAGGCUGAGUGCGAAGGGGAAGGUAACACAGCCGCACCACCAGCAGAGCACGUAGACCAGGCCUUCGUUCCAGAGAGGUCCAGCAGGAGAGAGCUGGACCUCCUGUAUGAAGAGGCUGUUUACACGGUAGUCAACAGGGUGGGCGUGCCCUCGCCAGAGUACAUCACCAAUGAAGGCGACAUCUUCAGUUAUCUGCUGAAGGUAUUUGAUAUGGGUCAGGAGGAACAUGACAUCAUUCUGCAGAGAGUCCAAGAAUCCAAGAGAGCCAGUUUCACCAUGAGAGUGUCUGUCAUGAAAGGGAAAAAUCUAAUGGCAAAGGAUGCAAAUGGGUACAGCGACCCCUAUUGCAUGCUGGGAAUCCUCUUGGGCCAGAGCCCUCGGGAGACAGAGGAUAAGAAGGAGAGGAAGUUCAGCUUCAGGAAGAGGAAGGAGAAGCUGGAGAAGAGGUCCAGUACCAAGGAGGUUCUAGCAGCCACGUGCAUCCAGGUGACUGAGGUCAAGCCAGAGACUCUCAACCCAGUCUGGAAUGAGCACUUUGUUUUUGACAUUGAUGAUGUCCAUGGUGAUCUACUGCAUAUGGACAUAUGGGACCACGACGAUGACGUCUCUGUCGCAGAGGCCUGCAAAAAACUGAAUGAAGUCAGUGGACUUAGAGGAAUGGGCAGGUAUUUUAAGCAGAUUGCCAAAUCGGUGCGGUCCAAUGGGACGUCGUCAUCGGGAUCAUCUGAAGACAAUGCUGAUGACUUCCUGGGCUGCAUCAACAUUCCACUGAAUGAGAUUCCUGUGAUGGGAUAUGACAAGUGGUUUAAGCUGGAGCCCCGAUCCAGUGCCUCCAAGGUCCAGGGAGAAUGUCACCUGAUUCUGAGGCUCUUCACUACCCAGAGAGACACUACACUGAGUAAGAGGGAAUCGAAAGAAGCCAUUCAUAAGAAGAUGCUGAGUCAGAUUCUGGAGUACGAGCACGCUCAUAUUCAGAAAGAGCCUUAUAACUGGAAUGGGCAGGUGAGUCCUCCAGCAUGGACUGUGCUGUCCCAUCAUGCUGUGCAAACUGACCUCUCACCCCUGCAACAGGCCAUCAUUCGCUGGCAGUGCUAUAGCAGCCACCACCGGUCCCAGAGGAUGUGCUACACUCUGCUGCUGAGGCUCCUGAGGACCAUCGAUGCAGAGUGGGAUCCCCAAGCUGUGCAGGGAGACCUGGAGCGGCAGCUGUCAGACAGCUUCAGGCUGUACACGGACCACUGUCUGUGUCUGAUGAAGAGCAUGCGCCAGGUGUUCCCCUGCACCAGUCCAGCCGCCGUCACACGCUGCGAGCUCAUGCUGAGGGGGGUAGGACACAUGCAGACCAUGCCGGCCUUCAAGACUGCGUGCCCCCUUCGAAAUGAACUGCAUUUGGAAAUUGCCACUGUUGUCAAGAAAGGUACAGUGGAGUGGUACGAGAGCACAAUUUCCCAAUUCAAACCAGAGGACGGGGCUCUAGAGGAGCAGCUGAGGAGACUGGUCCAGGUGGUGGAUGCAGUGUGUGCAGAUGUACAGAGGGGACAGAACGUCUACAACAAGCUCUUCUACAGUGCGGUGAAAGUGGAUUUCUUCAGCAUCGCGUAUAGACAGUUGGAGAAACUGGUCGCGGACGACGUGAGCGUUGCCAUGGAGAAGGUGUGUGGCACUCUGGAGCAGGAGAGCUCCAGGUUAACUCAGACCAUGGGAGAGACUCUGUUAGAGCUCUACAUGUCUCUGAAAAUACUCAAACGCUUCAGAGAGUUCCUCCCUCUUAGGGACGCAAAGAUGAUGGCCUUGACUGGCUAUCACAGCUGGUUCAAGACAUCUAUCCACAAGUGGCUGCAGAUAGUCCAUGACAAGUCUUGUGACAGGAUCCGCAGAGCAGUAGACAUGGAUCAGCUGGAGCCAGUACAGCAGGCCAAACACAGCUCCUCUGCGGUGGAUGUGACAGCGUGUUUCAGCCAGGUGCGGGAGUUCUGGAAACAGCUGUCCUGGCCAGACUCUGCAGGGGCCUUCAUCUUUGUCACCCGCCUGACAGACAAUUUCUGCAGCGAGGCCGUGUGUUACUCAGAGAUGAUAAAGCGCAAGAUUGAGAGGAGCCAGCAGGGUCGAGACAUCAAGAGCCUGACGGUGCAGCUGUGCAUCGCCCUGAACAACACAGAGCAUGUGCGUGUGUUCCUGGGCCACCUGCCUCGGGACCUGGACUGGCAGGGCGUGGAGCAAGCCAUGGAGGAGUCUUGCGGGGCGGAGGGGAAGGAGCAGGUCAACAAGGCCCUGAACGGACAGCUCUACAACGUGGAUGCGGACCUACAGAGGGAGGCCAAGCGCCUCAUCACCCACCUCACAGACAAGAUGCUUUCAGAGCUGAAGAGGUACCUCCAACACAUCAGCCUGUCCCCUGACUCCAUCAACAACGAUGAUGCCGUGUCCCCCCUCAUGAAGUACUUACGUGACACUUUAGUCAUCCUCAGGGAGUCUCUGGUGAAGGAGAAUCUGGCUAGAGUUCUCCUCGGCAUGUGGGAGCUGCUCCUCAGAAUGAUCCUAGACACGGUGGCGGAGAACAUGGGAGUCCAGGUGGAGUUCUACAACCGCUUCCAGUACACUGUGGAGGCCCUGGUGCAGUUCUUCUGUGCUGAUGGAGAGGGAUUUGUCAUAGAAGAUCUGAAGAACCAUGUCGACUACAAGGCUCUUGACGAGGAGCUGAGGCUGAACAAGUGUUCGUCCUUUGAGCUGAUCGAGCAGUACUUCCUGGAGAAGAUCUCUCAGCAGAGAACAUUGAAGCACACCCGCUUUGGCCGCAUCAGUGUGAAGUGUUACUAUGAUGCUUCUGAGCAGAGGCUCACGGUGGAGAUCUUGCAUGCCGCCGAUCUCAUUGCCUUGGAUGCCAAUGGGCUGAGUGACCCCUUUGUCAUCAUAGAGCUCUGUCCCCACCACCUCUUCCCCAUGGCCAAGAGCCAGCGCACCCAAGUGAAGCUCAAGACCCUGCACCCAGUAUUUGAUGAGCUCUUCUAUUUCCAUGUCAGCCCAGAGCAGUACAGGCACAGGUUUGCCUGUCUGACUUUUACUGUGAUGGACUAUGAUUGGCUGUCCACCAACGAUUUUGCCGGGGAGGCCUUGGCCCCGCUCAGUGACUUCUGUUGGCCAGGGAGACCCAACGCCUCAGCGGCCGGAAAGACCAUCCAGCCGACCAUUCUGCACCUGGCCCGGAGCAAACCCAGCGAGAAGCCAAUCAUGAGGAUUUUGGACGCACGGACAGGAGACGGAGAGGCUCAGGAGUUUGUGAGGAAGCUGAAGGAGAUUGAGAAAUCCAUGGAAGAGGAGUGAAGCUGUCAGCACUGGUCUGGUGUAUUGGUGUAUUCUGACUACGUCUUUGCCACAUGUGCUCUUGUACUUGUCGUACUACCCGUAUGUUUACAAUGUUUACAGUUUUCAAAUCCUCUUGUACGUGCACUGAAAAUGUAAUGCUGAACAAAACACAGUAAGGCAUGCCUUUUUAGAUUGGAAUACGAAUGCCCUGUCUCUGCUGUAUUUUUAUGCCUCAAAUCAAAUACUAUUUAUCACAUGCGCUGCGCCGUAUACAACAGGUGUAGACUUUACCGUGAAGUGCUUACUUACAAGCCCUUUCCCAACAACGUGGAGUUAAAAAGUAAGAAAAAUCUAAGGGUCCUAUCUGAGAAAUAUGAGAAGUAGCUUAUCUUGUAAUUAUUAUUUUGUUUUCUAAAGAGCUCAUUGAAUGUUAUCUUUGUUGUAUUAUCUUCGUUGCAUUACAUCUCUAACAUCUAACUGAAUCUAAAACUAAUUUGUAAUUGAUAUGUGUUCAGUCGAAUCAUGUGGGUGGAUCAAUCGGUGUAAAAAAAUAUAUACUCCCACUACCGUUUCUGAGUUUAUGGCGAAGUAGCACAAGGAUGUAACACUGCAAGGAAAAGCCAUCUGUAGCCAGGUUUUGUAAGUCAUCAGAAGGAGUAGUGUCAUAUAUGGCUGCGUUUACACAGGCAGCCCAAUUCUGAAAUGUUUCAGAUCUUUUCACACCAGCUCUUUUUCAGAGCUGAUCUGAUCAGUCAAAAGAACAAUAAGUUACAGAAAAGAGAUCACAAUUUGGCUGCCUGUGUAAAUGCAGCCUAUGUGACGCCAUCUGUGCUCAUUGAUGAUUGGAUGUUUAUAUCUCUUCAGAUUAUGAACCUUAUCCCUGAAGAAAAGAGUAUUAGUCCUCUAUUUGUUAUAUUGUAAAUGUGAACUACUUGCCUUGGAUUGUAAUGGAUUGUGCUGCUGUUCAUUGUACCAUUCAGAUGAAGCCGUCUAUAAAUAAAGAUUGUAUUUGAAUAUGA